AUGAUUGAACUUUCUUAUUUAGCAUCAUUACAAAUGUCUGCAUCGAGCAUCUCGAAGCCAACGUCGGAACAAAUGUCACUCUCGAACUACUCGAAGCCAAUACCGAAACAAAUGCCAUUUUUGAGCAGCUUGAAAGGAACAAUGGAACGAUUGCUACCUUCGAACAACUCAAAGCCAACAUCGACACAAGUGCUACCAUCGAGUAACUCGCAAGGAACAAUGCAACAAAUGCCACAUUGUCCUCGUUGUCAUCGUAAUAAUCACUGGUGUUGUUCUUCUUCUUCUUGGCGGCGUUUUUCUUGGUGUUUUCUUCGUCGUGUUGCUGGUGUUGCUCUUGUUGUUGUUGGUCUUGUUCUUGCUCGUGAUCGUGCUGCUGGUCUUGUUAAUCAUGCUCCUGCUGCUGCUUGUCUUCGUGGUGCUACUGCUGAUUAUGCUGCUGCUACUACUGAUCUUCGUCGUCGGGUUGCUUUUCGCGCUGAUGCUGAUGAUGCUCAUGACGCUGGUCGUAUUGGUCGGCUUGCUGCUCUUCUUCAUCGUGGUGCUGAUGGUUAUAUUGGUGAACAAACCAAGUUUUGUUUCUUUAUUCCAAUUGACUCUAGCAAGACCUAUAUUUGCGAUUAUAAACAUUGA